GAAUGGCUACACUCAAACCACCACCUGUCUUUGUUCUCUCUCCGUCAAAACCAAUACAUUCACCCCACAAAUCACUCCGCAGUAGAAUCUUCAACAACCUCAAUUCAUGUCCCAAACUCAUUUUACAAGAAAGUACUACAACCGCGCCAAUUACCUCGUAUCUGUCGAAGGAACUACCUCGUAUAAGUCGAAGUGUUGUUGUGGUGAGGUCACAGCUGAGAUACCCUAUCAUAUCCCCUGAUGAUCAUUGGGGUGUUUGGUCCACUAUCUUCAGCAUUGGAGCCUUUGGUCUAUGGUCGGAGAAGACUAAAAUUGGGAGCAUGGUGAGUGCUGCUUUAGUGAGCACAUUAGUCGGACUUGCAGCAAGUAAUCUUGGAAUUCUUCCACAUGAUGCACCAGCUUAUUCUAUUGUCAUGGAGUUUAUUCUACCGCUCACUAUUCCAUUGCUUUUGUUUGGAGCAAAUUUGCGUCAAGUCGUGCGUUCAACCGGGACACUUCUUGUAGCUUUCUUACUUGGCUCAGUUGCCACUGUCAUGGGCACUCUAGUGGCGUUUCUUUUAGUGCCUAUGAGAUCUCUUGGUCCUGACAACUGGAAAAUAGCAGCAGCUCUAAUGGGUAGCUAUAUUGGCGGAUCUGUUAAUUACGUUGCGAUUUCAGAGGCUCUUGGUUUGUCUCCUUCAGUUUUAGCUGCAGGAGUGGCAGCAGAUAAUGUCAUUUGUGCUGUUUAUUUUAUGGUUUUGUUUGCACUGGCUUCUAAAAUACCUGCAGAAACCGCACCACCAACCGAUGAUAAUGCAAUGCAAAUGAAGUCCGAAAAUCAGGGCGACAUGCCAGUGUUGCAGACAGCUACUGCAGUUGCUGCAUCAUUUUUAAUAUGUAGAGCUGCAACAUACAUGACAAAACUAUAUGGUAUCCAAGGAGGAACUCUUCCAGGAGUAACUGCAAUCAUUGUCAUUUUAGCUACUUUUUUACCAAAGUUCAUUAGCCCUCUUGUACCUGUGGGACAUACUGUUGCCUUAGUUCUGAUGCAGGUAUUUUUUGUGGUGGUUGGAGCUAGUGGAAGUAUACUGAAUGUGAUCAAAACUGCUCCAAGUAUAUUCAUGUUUGCACUAGUUCAAGUAACUAUCCAUCUUCUUAUUGUUCUUGGAUUAGGGAAGGUGUUUAAGCUUGAUUUGAAGGUAUUACUUAUAGCAUCAAAUGCCAAUAUUGGAGGACCUACAACAGCUUGUGGAAUGGCUAAGGCUAAAGGCUGGGAAUCCUUAGUUGUUCCUGGAAUUCUUACAGGAAUUUUUGGUGUUUCAAUUGCAACUUUUUUAGGUAUUGGUUUUGGAGUAAUGGUUCUAAAACACUUGUAGAAAUUGUUAUUUUUAAUGUUUGAUUCAUUCUUACAAUUAAUUGAAUGUUAUGUUGGUAACACACUUUAAAGCUCGAUUGUUUAAAAUUUUUGAAACA